AUGUCGACCCCUCGCAGCACCAAAUUCAAUACCAACACCAGCUCUAGCAACCCCAAUAGAAAGCCCUCAUCAAGCACACAAAGAACCACACAAUCAAACACAAGCACAAGCGGACACCAAAAUCAAAGCACACGUAGCACACGCGGCACUAACUCCGGUCCUCCUGAAAAAACUGAAGAGCAAAAACUCGCAGAGACGCAAAGAUUAAACGCAGAUCUCGAUGCUCUGGAUGAUAAAUUUCAACCUUCUUUUCCGAAGAAAAGUCGAUUCGCGCAUGAGGGGUUGAAUCAUAAGAAAUAUGGUAUUGGGGGAAGUUCUUCGCCGGGGAGGAAGGUGGUUGAGAGGAUUGGGAGAAUAAUUGAGGGGGAGAGGAAAGGUGGAAGUGGUAGCGAAAGUGUGAAUGGUGGUGGAAGAAAGUAA